AUGCCAUUGGUGUUGGACGCUUCCGAACAUGGAUGCGCCAUGGGAUGCGCGAAGAGUUCACGGACGACGACGUCAGAGAGCGGGUGUCGCCAGCCCGAGCGGCGCUCCCGCGAACAGGGUGGCGAGUCUUCGAUUGCAGCGUUCGACGAUCGUAUACAUAUAUUAGCUGAUAAGGGAAGUGAACGCGAGCCGGUCUGCGGCGCUGACCGCCUCGGUCGUCUUCCGUCGUCGCGUGCGCAUCGCUGUCGUCAACAGUAUUCUAUAACCGCACACCUAACUGCCAACGCGUUUUAA